AUGGUUAGCGGCCCAUCGGGUUCCGCUUUUGCUUACCACGAACCAGCUAUUGCCACUGUACUCAAUCUAACGGGGUUCCUCCUCGCCUUGAACCUUAUCAAUGUCUGCCUCAACAAGUUCAUCUACUGUGGCCUUGUUGGUCAGCUGUUCGUCGGUAUUCUCUGGGGAUCGCCUGGAGCGAAGUGGCUGGAUAGUCCGACAGAGACCAUCGUCCAACAGCUGGGUUACCUCGGGCUAAUCAUGCUGGUGUAUGAAGGUGGCCUUUCAACAUCAAUUAAGUCUGUGAGAGCAAACCUUUCUCUUUCUAUAUGUGUCGCAAUCACGGGGAUCGGCACCCCGAUGGCUUUAUCCUUCGUCCUGAAGGAUCUUGUAUCGGCGAGCUCUCUCCAGUCCUUCGCUGCUGGUGCAGCUCUCAGUGCUACCAGUCUUGGAACUACGUUCACAAUUCUGUCAUCAACAGAUUUGAUCGCCACACGUCUGGGUACUGUCACUACUAGCGCUGCCAUGUUAGACGACGUUGUUGGGCUCGUAAUGGUCCAGAUCGUCUCGAAUUUUGGUGGGGGCGUUUCGUCAUUUGGCCCUCUCACUGUCAUUCGGCCUAUACUUGUCUCUGUUGGAUUUGCCCUUGGUCUCUUCCUUUUGUGUUCUUUCUGUCUGAAGCCGGUUUUCAAGAAAGUGCUUGCCGCCAAAAACCAACUGCCUGGUUUUACGGGAACCGUGCAGUUUGCCUUCUUUGCGCAGACAUGUCUUCUAAUUGGAACUGUCGCUGGUGCCACAUAUGCGGGAACCUCGAGCCUCUUUGCUGCUUAUCUGGUCGGGGUUAUCGUCUCCUGGUUCGAUGAGCUGGUUGUAGACUCAAACACGCAAAAUAUCUCUCCGGUUCCCAGUUCUACCCAGCCAAGCUCAAGAACCCCAAGUCAUCAACAUCCCAAACCUUCUAUAUCUCGAGGAGCCUCCACGAGAAACCGUGCAGAGCAAUGUGCCCAUAUGCCCUCCACUGCAUCGACCGCGUUCCAGCACAUUCCGGAUCAGGGCAAGGGACCAACAGGGGAAAUGGUGUAUCAGAAAUACUACAGGGAGCCCGUUAACCGAAUUCUUGUUCCUUUCUUUUUUGCAUCAAUUGGAUUCGCUAUUCCCAUCACUCAAAUGUUCCAAGGCAGAGUUGUAUGGCGUGGCAUUAUCUACGCUAUUCUAAUGGUAUUCGGCAAGCUGGUCACUGGGUUAUGGCUUGUUCGCUUCUCACUACGUCCAACCUUGAACCUGAUGUCGAGGGCCACGAAACCAUUUUCCUAUGUUUAUUUCUUCUGCGCCUCCCGCAUAUCUACCAAAAGGAAACAGAAGAGAAAAACAACGCAUCCAGCAAAGCAACGUCAAUCGUUCAGGGGCCACACAACCGACCCACAAAAUAACAAUGCCGAUCAGCAGGAUAGGGGCGCGAUAAUAAUGUCGCCAGCUGGGUCCCCUGGUCAAUUUGAAUUACCUUCCGCAUCUGAAAAUUAUGCCCCGAAUGAGGGUCCUUCUGCCUCUCUCCCUCCCAAGCCAAAAUCGUUAUAUCCACCUUCCAUUCUAGGGCUUGCAAUGGUUGCCCGAGGGGAGGUUGGAUAUCUCAUUGCUUCACUCGGUCAGAGUAAGGGGAUAUUCUCCAGCGAAUCCUCCGAAGACUUCGGCGAGAUUUACUUGGUGAUACUCUGGGCGAUCUCAAUUUGUACACUCAUUGGGCCGAUCUCUGUUGGAGCUCUUGUCAAAAGGGUGAAGAAGCUACAGCGAACACAGAAUGACUCUGAUGUCAAUCCGUUGGGAAUUUGGGGGAUAUAA